AAACGUGUUUACGCUUCACCUUAUCAUGAAAUGAGAAACGAAUGAUUCACAGAAAUCCGAAAGCCACAAUCAUUUUAUUUAUUUAACCUCUUCUGCCAGAGUGCUGCCCUCUCUUGUAUUCCUUCUCUUUCCCUUUUCUUUGAUAAAACUGCAACACUUUAUCUCCUUCACUUCACUUUGCUUUCCUUUUUUUUUUUGUUCUUUUUCUGACACACCGAUAAACUUUUGAUAAGCUAGUGAUCAUCAGGGCUUGUCAGUUGGCAAAUGGCUUCAGAUGAGAGCAUGGCCUUGCUUUCUUCUUCAGUUCAAGAAGAUGAUCCAUAUGAUCAUGACACGGAUGAUGGGUGUCAGCCUCCUAGUCUUCAUAACCUGUCUAGGUUGUCCAUUUGUACAAGUUCCAUGUACACGAAUGAAGAUGAUGAUUAUCAAGAUUGUGAUGGGAUGAAGAUGUUUCUUUCAAGGUUGUCUGCAGAGAAUUUUGAUGCGGAUGAGGAACUCUCUGAUGAUCAUAAAGAAGGCAAUAACAAAAACACACUUGACCUCUCUUCAGAUUCUGAUGAAGAACCAGGAUGCUACUCACUUCCAGCGACACCACCUAGGAGGAGAAAUCGUGGUGGCUUAAUAAAUCAAGUACAGUUAAUUGGAGCGAAAGAUUAUGCCAGUGAAAAUGAAGCUCAAAAGAGUAGUACGAGACAAAAGAUGAGAAAGAACUUGAGGAAAAGAAGGGUCAUAAGAGAAAGGUGGAUGGACAAUAACAACAUGAGUUUUAAAAAGAAAGAAGAGGAGAUGACGGGGGUGAGCAAUUAUGGGUAUUGUAAUAGUUUUAGCGGGGAGAGUGAAGGUGGUGGGUUGGUAGUGAUAACAAGGCCGAAAGGAGGGAGGAGGUCGUUGUGUAUGGACUUGGAUGAAGUGAAGGCUUGUAGGGAUCUUGGGUUUGAAUUGGAACAUGAGAGGAUGCUAGAGAUGCCUGGUCGUGUCUCCCUUUCAGGAUCUACUCUUGAUACUAGCAGUGGUGGCAAUUCUCCUAUUGCCAACUGGCGCAUCUCUAGCCCUGGUGAUGAUCCGCGAGAUGUUAAGGCAAGGCUCAAGGUAUGGGCACAGGCAGUGGCAAUUGCAUCUGCAUCUCGACAUGGUGGCGUCUGACUAGUGAUGUUUGCGGAUUCUAAUCUAUACUUUUUUGUUUUCAUUUUAUUUUGUGGGGUGAAGAAAAUUUACCUUACCUCUUCAUUUUCUUUCCUACAUAAGAGUUUAAUUUGCCUCUCUUUUCGUGAAGGUUACCUUCAUUUUCAUUUCUAGUUGGGUUCCUGGGAUUGAAGUUGGAGUCAAAACAUUAUUUGCCCACUACUUUACUUGCUUUUGUACAGCUUCCCGCUGUUGUAAAUAUCACGUGCACACUGGGAUUGGAAGCAAGAAGAUGGUAGUAGACUUGAAAAACAUAGUUCAUUACUUGUAGUGUGAUUUUGAAGGUUUUGUAUACGGUUUGUCUAAUUGUUUGUUGUCAGAUUUGAUUGAUUUGGGUGCUUGCAGCAUUUAGAUUGAGAUUAUGUUACAUUGUGUAUCCAGAAAAGAA